AUGACAAAAGAAAAUUAAGAAAAGCUAGAUACUUAGACAAAGGAUAAUUAAAUUAAACUUGAUGGCUUGACUAAAGAAUUCUAACUAAAAUUAGAAAAUUAAUCAUAAGAAAAUUAGGCCAAAUUAACUUAGUUGUCUAAAGAUAAUUAAGUAAAGUUGGAGACACUAUCCAAAGAAUAUUAAGGUAAGUUAGAUGUGUAGUUGAAAGAGACAGAAAAAUUCAAAAAUUAUGCUAAAGAACUAGAAUAGUAAAAGGAAUUAUUGAAUAAACUACCAUAAAAAUAAUUUAGAAGAUUAGUUGACAAUAUAUUUGAUAAAAAUAUGAAACUAAAGCUAUUUUAGGUAAAUGGCCAAAAUAAACUUCUUUAUAAAGCCACUAGAGAUGGAUUUUAGCCAGCUGAUUUCCACAGACUAUGUGAUAAUCAAGGACCUACUGUUUCUUUUAUUUAAAGUGAACAUGGUGAAGUAUUCGGGGGCUAUACAUCAGUAUCUUGGACAUCUGAAAAUAAAUAUUCAAAAGAUAGUGAAGCUUUUGUAUUCUCUUUAACUAAGAACACUUUGCAUAAAUAAUAUCAAAACAUUGGUACUGCUAUUGGACAAUGGGGAGGUUAUUUUAUGAUUUUUGGUCAUGAUUCUGAUAUUUACAUUAAUAGUGGCUGCAAUGUCAGUUAAAGUGGCUAUAGCAAUUUAGGUGGAACAUAUAUGCCUCCGGAAGGUUUAAAGUAUGGUGAAUAAUAAGCUAAAGACUAUUUAGCAGGAAGUUAUUAAUUCAAAGUAAUUGAGAUAGAGGUAUAUUCAGUAACACUAUGA